UAAAAAAAAUUUGUGUUUUUUUUUUUCAUUCGGGUGCGGGUAGCCGGUAGUUUAAUGUCAGUUUAACAUAAUCGUAGUUUUUAUAUGAACUCUGCUCCACACCGGUCAUUUGUGUGCUCACGACGCUUGGAAGUAAGCAAGACCGGCUAAAUUUACUGUUUUAACGUUAAGGAGAUGACACUUAAAGUUACUAAGCUGGCACUCACCAGCCGCGUUAUUGUGCUGGUGGUCCAAAUGCUCGCCAAUUGGGCCAUUACCGAUCACAAGCCGGACGUGUUUCGGAUGCCGCUUAGCUAUAAAUACGGACCCUUCCCGUGGCUUGACAAAUUAAUUUUGCGUUGUUUGGGCGGAUUGCGACACUGGGAUGGCGAAUAUUUCUUGCACAUUGCUAACUAUCUGUACUCGUACGAAAACACCCUAGCCUUCUAUCCACUGUAUCCUGUGGCAGUGCGUCAUCUUGCGGAGGCCUGUCACAUAAUGAUUCCCCUAUCGCUGCAAACACUCACGUUAAUAAUGGCCGUUAUACUAAAUGUGAUAGUGUUUUGCAAGGCCGCUAAUCUGCUAUACCAGCUGACCCAUAAGCUCUUUAAUGAUUUCAACAAGAGCUGGAAUGCAGCAUUAAUAUACUGUUUCAAUCCGGCGACUAUUUUCUUCAGCGCGGCCUACUCAGAAACAUUGUUCUCGUACGUGAGCUUUUACGUGAUGCUGGAGUGUGUCAAGUCUAAGCAAGAAUUUAGCUAUCUACGUUUAUGUGGCGGAUUGACUGCAUGCUUUGUCUGUCGUUCCAAUGGUCUCCUGGCGUUGGGCUUUCCAUUGUACUUCUUGGGGCGUCACUUCGUGCUUGGUCAGGAGCGGGACCGUAUCAAGCAGAUAGCCAAAUUGCUUUUAACUAUUCUGUUGGCUCUUAUCAUACUCCACGCGUAUUACUUUUACAUUUAUCGUCUCUAUUGCUUGCCCAAUGUGCAGGUGCGCCAUGCACAACAGGUUGUGGACUAUGCCAAUGAACGAAAUUAUUUACUAUCUGGUCAGGGGCCGGCUCGUUCACCAUGGUGCGAGUAUACGCUGCCCUUUCCCUACACCUACGUCCAGUCGCACUACUGGGAUGUGGGAUUUUUGCGCUACUAUGAAUGGAAACAGUUGCCGAACUUUUUGCUUGCACUACCCAUGCUGCUUUUCAUGCACCUGCACUGCUACGAAUACUUUUGGUGUUUGAUUCGCCACGUCUAUCCAAAAUCCGAAAAUUGGAAGAAUUUCAUUAGGAUUCACAAGGCGUUACCAUUUGUAAUGCACGCCUUCCUUUUGACGCUCGUCUGCACGUUCUUUGUGCACAUUCAGGUCUCAACGCGACUAAUUGCUUCGGCUUCGCCUGUUUUCUAUUGGUUUGCAGCGGAUCAUAUGCCCAAAACUCUGGCAGAGCUGUCUAUACGCUCGAAAGCUGGCAUGUUGUUUAUGUGGUGUGCCUCCUACGCCUUGAUGGGCACCAUUCUUUUUAGCAACAACUUUCCUUGGACUUGAGCUUUAAUUAAGUGAAGACGCCAAUGUUUACUGCUAGGAUAAUAGACUAAUAUAAUUGUAAAUAUUUUUGUAUACUUGCGUGUUGCACAAAUCCUUAA